AUGCCACAAUCAACAUUAGAUAAAUAUUUUAAUACUAAGAAACGAAUAUUGAAUGAAAAUUCAAAAACUCUAAAAAAACGCAAAAAGUUGAGCAUGCACACCAAAGAUUCUUUAUUGUAUGUUAGUCAAGCAUCACAAAAUCAUGAGAAACCUUUAACAAACGAAUUAAAAAGAAGUAAUUCUGUAUCCCCUAUCAAAUCACAAUCUAACAACUAUGUACCAAAAGUUCCAUCAGGAAAAUUGAUGAAAACAUCUUCAUUUCAUGAUAUAAUUAAUAAGACUGUAAAAAAUGAAGCAAUAGAUAAUAUGAAUUUGUUAAAAACAGGUGCAAUAUCAUAUAAUAAUUUCAACUUAGAGAAAAUAUAUGGAGAUGGUAAAUUUUAUUUUUCGUAUAACGAUGUAGAUAAAAAAUCUACAUUAAAGUAUGAAUUAGAUGAUGCAAUGUUACCUGUGGAUUUACAUUCUAAAAUUUUGUUUGCCACUAUUUUUACUGUUUUCCGUAAUCCAAUAAAUGUUGGAUACUUUAAUGAAAGUGAAUUGGAUUUUAUAUAUUCAAUAUUAUCACUGCCACAUAAUGCACAGUUAUUAUUAUCACGCAUGAUAAAAAGAAAAAAGUCAUGGUUUAGAAAAAGUCAAAUCAGUUACCCAGAAACAGCUUCGGAUUUAAAACAUAUAUUUCAAAUCCUGGCUACACAUUCAAUUUGUACUUUGGACCUAAAAGACAUAAAUUUAAUAAUGAUUCUGGAGUUGUUAACAGCAGAUGAAAUUAAAAAAAUUUGUCAGAAAUUGAAAUUAAAAUGUUGUCCAAAUAAGAAGGACAACAUUAAAACAUUACUAAUAUUUUCUGAAAAAAAGGCAUUAUUUCCUGGUAUGAAAAAACCUAGUGAUGUUUUAUUUAGUUCAGUCAUUAAUAUACUUGAUUAUUGUGUAAGUUUGACUGAAAAAACAUGGGUCAUUAUAGACAAGAUAUUAACAUUAAUUAUGCCGAAUAGUGACCCAAAAAUGAGUAGAGCAGAUAUAUUUUUUGCAUUAAGUGAUGUUUACUUAGGAAAAGUUAUGUUUCCUAGUAUUCCAGAAAAUCGUUUUCCAAUAUUUUCUAGCAACUUGCAUUUAAUGAGUUACAUAGAGGCUAAGACAACUUUAUCUACAACAUUACAAUUAAUUGAAGGAAAGAAAUGGAAAGAGGUAAAAGAUUGUGGAAAAUUAGCCAUGGAAACAUUACAAAGAUUGAUAAAUACAGAAUCAGUGAGAUUGAGGAAUUCUUUACUUCCAGUGCAUGUAAGACGAUACUUACCCGUUUAUGUAUGGUUCAAAAUACUUUCUCUAUGUGUAGAUGCAUUUAAAAAGGAUGCGGAUAAGACUCAAGUUGUAAAAGUCUUACGUUUCUUACUAGAACAAGAUUGUUGUAUGCAUACAAAAAAAGGGGAAUGGUAUUGUGAAUUAGCACUCACUGAAAUGCAUCACAAUAAAAAUAUAGAAGCUAGUGCAUUAAUAAUAAUCGAAGCUUUAAGUAAAGACUUAACACAAGUAGAUAUAGUACAGCUUAUAGAAAGAGCAAAAAGAAUAGCAAAGAAAAAAACUGGGUUAAAUCCCACAAUAAAAUUUGAUAUUAAUAAAAUAUUAGAUGAACACAGUCAUCAAAUGCCAGAACACGAGAAUAAAACUAAUGUUAUAAGCGCUGCAUUAAUGCCAGAAAAUACUAAAACAAACAAAAGCGUUUGGUGUAUUGAAAGUAAUUCGAACGGUCGAAGUUAUGGAUCAGUUGAAACUGUAGCAGUAUACCAUUAUUAUCAGGAAGGUUUUUCUAAUGGAUUGCAUUGCGAGGGUGCAUUGCCAAUUAUUUUUUUUUAUACUUUAUUUUGGGAAGAACUAUAUGAUGUACAUAUUCCUGGCGCAUUCGUCACAGAUUAUCAAUAUGCGCCAGAUGAUUUAUUCACUGGAAAUUUUUAUGAAAAUAGAAAAGAAAAAAUACAGUUGAAACUUGACAUUAUUAAUAAUUUAGAUUCUAUGUCUUUAAGUACAUUAAUGGAGCAAAAAUUUCAAAUUUGUAAACAAUUCCAGUCAAUAAUGCCAACAACUUUGCUUAAAGAUAAUCAAUUAAAAGAAAUAGUGCAGUGUUUGGGAGUUCAAGGUGUUAUAGGAAUCUGCAGGCGUCUUAUUGAAAAUUUUAAGUUGUGGAAAGCUGGCUUUCCAGAUUUAAUUAUAUGGAAUUUUCAAUCUAAAGAACAUAAACUUGUAGAAGUCAAGGGUCCCAAAGAUUCCCUUUCAAUUAAACAACGAUUAUGGCUGGAAUACUUAAAUCAGCUUGGACUCAAUACAGAAGUAUGUUUAGUAAAAGCUCAACGAGAAAAAUAAAGCACUUCAAUCAGUAUUUAUAUGUAUCAUAAAACAAAAUAAUAUAUAAAAAUGCAAUGCUUAAGUACUUUUAAA